AUGUUCAAGGGAAAACAUACACGAAUGCUUGAUUAUGGUCGGCCAGGAAUUGGAAAGAGUACUUUUUGUAAGAAGGCUGCAUAUGAUUGGUCGAAAACCUUAAAAGAAAUCCUAAAGAACUUUAGCAUUUUGCUUUUGAUUAAGUUGAGAGAUGUGUGUGAAGUGGGAAACAUCCGUGAUGUUUUACGUGCGUCUAAAUUGCUGGCCAGUGAUGGUCCGAUCUCAGUUGAUAGUCUCUAUGAUUACAUAAUUAACAAUCAAGAUGAAGUGCUCCUUAUUUUGGAUGGCUACGAUGAGUACAGCUUUGCAGAAGAACACUCACCCAUCCUUGCAAUUUGGAAGGGUGAGCAACUAAGAGAUUGUCACGUCAUUGUCACCACGCGUCAACUUUCAUGUGACAAGACAGGAGGCCCGAGUCACGUUCAGUUAGAAAUUCAAGGAUUCAAAAGCUUGGAACGAAUAAAAACCUUUGCGAGAAAAUUUUUGGCAGAUGAACAAGAUCCUGACGAGUUUAUGCACUACCUGGAAGAAAAAGAUCUCCUUGACAUGGCAGAAAUACCUCUCCUCCUACUGAUGCUGUGUAUUUUGUGGAAAGAGAAACAUCACGAAGGACUGCCAAAAUCACGAGCCGACAUAUUCACACAAUUCAUUCAAACUAUGCUAGAUCACAAAGGUGAAAGUCACCAGCCUAUGCCAUUUCAGAAAGUGACCUCCACAGAAGCCAGAGAAGACCUGAGUAAUCUUGGAAAGGUUGCCUUUGAAGCAAUUCUGCAAGACCGUCUUUACGUACGCUGCAGCGAACUCCCCGGUAAUAUUUCAAGAAGUUUUCAAAAAUUAAGAGGCGACCUCUGUAAAAGCGGUCCAGGGCAUUUCGCAUCGGAAUAAAGUUUUCCCUCAAACUUUGCCCAAUAAUCUACCUUUAGUAGCGAGUAAAUAAAACCACAUUAGUUUCUGGAAAUACGUUAAAAUAAAAUUUUUAGAGCUCUCAAUAGUCAAAGCUGCAAAAGGCCCUUUUUUGACCGCUUGCGACAUCGAAAAUUUCAAAAGUUAAAAAGCCCGGUCCUCGUAUCACACCGCAUGCAGCAAAAGAUCUUUUGUAUUCUUAGACUGUGUAAUAUGUAUGGUGUAUAAAAAGCAUUUCAAUUUUUAUAUUCGUUUAUUCAGAGGUUCGUCAUGAUUUAUUUAAUAACACACGUUAGACAGCUUUCUGAAAUUGGUCAAAAGUACUCUUUUUUUCUUGGUUGAUAUUGCUCAAGUCCAGACCAGACCAUUGAAAACUCCGCUUGAUUUCUUCUAAUAAGAUGUUUGGCAUAAGAAAAAUAUAAAAACAUCUUGCACUUAUUAGUUUUCUUCGCCGUGGUGACUUCAAACUUUUAGCGAUUUUGCUAGCGUGACAGCCGAUUAUGCAAAUUAGUUCAUUGAGCAAACUCCGACCGUUUUACAUAAGUAGCUCGAUAAAUCUUAGAUUUUGGCCAUUUUAAGUUGAAAAUAUAGUAGGAAAGAGCUUUUAGACCACACUAAUUGAUACUCUAAACAUUUUAAAAGGCCAAAAUUUGACGAAUUUUUCUAUCUCGUGACGAAAGACGUCAACAUCAACGUACCGAAUAUCAUAAUUUGAUUAGCGCUCAGUCAACCUUUUAAUGGCAAUUUGUUAUUUCAUAUUUGAGUUCUGACAGCUUACGCUAUUCAAACCUGUGUGAACAUUUCGGAACCAAACUACAGGAUUUUAUUUAGUGCAACUGGCGAUAACAGCGCACACUAAAAUAUACCGUGACCAGUGACUCUGUCACGUAAUUCAAUUGUGUAAUUAUCCUGAAUUACUUCUCCCAUCUAGAUAAAGCAGCGAUAACAUCGUCUUUUGGCUCAGAAUUCUAGUCGGCAGGAAUAAGAGAAAAUUUUGUCUGCACACCUGACUUUAUGAGAGUUUCUAUUCACAACUUUAGAACUUUCUUGUAGAAAAGGACUCCGCGUUUUUAAAGGAAAUAAAUUAUUUCGUUAGGUGUCACCUAAUUUUUCCAACAAUUAGCCAUAUCUAUGUUGUAAAGUGCGUAAUCCUAUUAGCUGUAAUUCAAUUGCUUCUUUCGGUACUGAUGUGCUUUUGACUAAUAACACUAAAUUCUUGAAGCAGCAUUCGCAGCAAGAUGUCUUGCUUUCUGUCGCAUUCCUUGGAAACUUCGUGCGGAGACUCACGAGGAGUUUCCGGGUUGUUUAAUUUACUUCAGUGUACUGACUCAGUAGAGCAUACCUAUGGGAAGCAUACCUAUGGGAAGCAUACCUAUGGGAAGCAUACCUAUGGGAAGCAUACCUAUGGGAAGUAUACCUAUGGGAAGCAUACCUAUGGGAAGCAUACCUAUGGGAAGCAUACCUAUGGGAAGCAUACCUAUGGGAAGCAUACCUAUGGGAAGUUCUGGCGCCAAAGAUCAGCGUGCCAGUAUCCGACACACCCUGGUAGCGAUUCCAAGGGGGCAAAGAGCCGGUAUUCUGUCAAUUUGGAAAUGUCAAAGGCCAUUUCUAAGAUGUAUGGCGUUCUCGUUCAAGUAGGUUCAGGUAGGAACAAGUGAUUUAAGAUACUGAAGUGGCUGAUUUCAACCAAUCUCUCCCGUUUUCUCCCCAAUCGCUCGUUCGUAUAUUAAUCCACUUUUUCUUACGUCUAGUUAUUUGUAUUAACUGCUGCAACAAGCACAAUGCUUCUGUGAAGGAAAUGCCAUGGGUCUCUUUGGAAUCCACAGAGAAAGAAGACAGUGAUUCCUGCGCUUAUGUGAGGUAAAAGAGUUUGUGCGAAUAAAAAGCUUUGAUAUUGAUGCAUGCAGCCUAGAAGUAACUUGCUACGUACACCUUUUUAACGGCUGUAAACAAGACUGGUUUUCAGUGCUGUCAGUCCUUGAAAAUCUCUUUGACACCAUAAAGUUACAAAAUACAGGAAUAAAAAAGGCCUUUCUAAGAUCAGAUGAAGCAGGUUGCUAUCACAACAGUAAGCUGGUAUCAUCCCUACGAGAGCUCGGACAUCACCAGGGAAUCGAACUCGUGAGGUACGAUCAUUCUGAGCCGCAGGCUGGAAAAGAUAUGUGUGACAGGAUUUUGUGUCCGUUAAAAGCGUCAAUCAGGAGAUACUGCAACGAAGGCCAUGAUGUUGUUUCCGCCAAAGACAUGUAUAACGCAUUGAAAGAGAGACCGUUCAAGGGAGCGACGGCGUCAGUGUGCAUAGUCCAGGAACAGAACUCAACCCUAGAAAUUAACAAGAUUGCCAAUUUCAACAGCUUACACAACUUUGAGUUUACACAUGAGGGCCUGUGCGUUCGGAGAGCGUUUAAUGUUGGGCCUGGAAAGUUUAUUCCAUGGAAUAAAAUUGUAAUUUGUCCACAGAAAAAGACGGAUCUCGUGGAGGAGAUUCCAUUCUUCCUCACUACUGCUCGACGAAUUGCAUCAGCAGGAGAAAGCAAUGAUGGCAACGACGGUAGUACCUAUCAAUGCCCUGAGCCUGGUUGCGAUGAAGAUUUUAAGACCCAGGCCGACCUUGACCUUCAUAUGAACUUGCUAGUUCGUCAUGUGAGUCCUGUGCCUGCGAGCAUGACUGAAAGUCUUUAUGACAAAGUGAAGAGGGAGUGGGUUCAUCACUUUCAGUCAUUUUCAUUAGGGAAUGAAAUUUCGACUGAACUGGUGGCAAUGGCUACAGAACCCUUGACAAAUGCUUCACAGCUUCCCAUGGGAUGGGCUCUUCAUAAGAGAAGUGCAAGUGUACGAUUUUCGCAAAAUGUCAGGCAGUACUUGACACAGAAAUUUAAUAUUGGACGAGACACUGGCAGAAAACAAGACCCAGAGCAAGUUGCAAAGGAUAUGCGAACUGCCUGCACUAUAGAUGGAGAGAGAAUGUUCAAUAGAGCAGAGUGGUUAUCUAGCAUACAGAUUCAGGGUUUCUUCUCGAGAUUGUGCCUUAAAGAGAGAUCUAAAAUACAACAAGAAUCGGAUGAUGCCACAGACGUAGACGACGAAGACGACGACUUGGUAGAGGCAUCUGCGUCUGAUGUAGACGAAGAGUGUUUGAGAGAGGCGAGGAACACAAUAAUGGAUGAGAUAGGACUGAAACAUCCAAUCAUGUUUUAUAUCUAUGAUGUGUGCUCGUUGGCAAGAGAGGGAAGGUUGCCUAGCCUGAAAGUCAAGAUACUAAGAGACAUGUGCAAACAUUUUCAUCUCUCAUUCAAAAUGCGAGAUACAAAGGCAGCACUUCUUGCAAAAAUGGAGGAAAUGAUUUCGGAGUGCAGUUGCUAUGCAAUCUAGUUAUGACGUCCACUCGUUAGGCGAAUGCGAUAUUCUUUUUUACAAGAACCCUCCAAAGUUAUGAACCGAGACUGUUAUGCAGACAGGUGUGACGACAAAAAAAAUUUGUUCCUGUCUGCUAGAUAUCCGAGCAAUCGCUGCUUUAUUUCAACGUGAGAAGUAAUUCAGGAUAAUUACACGAUGGAAUUACGUGAGAGUCACUGGUCACGGUGUAUUUUAGUGUGCGCUGUUAUCGCCGGUUACACUAAAUAAAAUCCUGCUGUUUGAUUCUGGAAUGUUCAUACAGGUUGAAUAACAUAGGCUGUCAGAACUCAAAUUUGAAAAAACAGAAGCCAAUUUUUUAAAAAAAGAUUGCCAUUAAAAGGUUGACUGAGCGCUAAUCAAAUUAUGAUAUUCGAUACGUUGUUGUUGACGUCUUUCGUCACGAGAUAGAAAAGUUUGUUCAAAUUUUGGCUUCUUAAAAUAUUUAGAGUAUCAAUCAGUGUGGUCUAAAAGCUCUGUCCUACUAUAUUUUCAACUUAAAAUGGCCAAAAUCUAAGAUUUAUCGAGCUACUUAUAUAAAACGGUCGGAGUUUGCUCAAUGAACUAAUUUGCAUAAUCGGCUGUCACGCUAGCAAAAUCGCUAAAAGUUUGAAGUCACCACGGCGAAGAAAACUAAUAAGUGCAAGAUGUUUUUAUAUUUUUCUUAUGCCAAACAUCUUAUUAGAAGAAAUCAAGCGGAGUUUUCAAUGGUCUGGUCUGGACUUGAGCAAUAUCAACCAAGAAAGAAAGAGUACUUUUGACCAAUUUCAGAAAGCUGUCUAACGUGUGUUAUUAAAGAAAUCAUGACGAACCUCUGAAUAAACGAAUAUAAAAAUUGAAAUGCCUUUUAUACACCUUACAUAUCACACAGUCUAAGAAUACAAAAGAUCUUUUGCUGCAUGCGGUGUGAUACGAGGACCGGGCUUUUUAACUUUUGAAAUUUUCGAUGUCGCAAGCGGUCAAAAAAGGGCCUUUUGCAGCUUUGACUAUUGAGAGCUCUAAAAAUUUUAUUUUAAUGUAUUUCCAGAAACUAAUGUGGUUUUAUUUACUCGCUACCAAAGGUAGAUUAUUGGGCAAAGUUUGAGGGAAAACUUUAUUCCGAUGCGAAAUGCCCUGGACCGCUCUUACAGAGAUCGCCUCUUAAGUGAAGUUGGGCUUUUCCAGAUUGUCAAUCUUACCAGGCUGAGAAAGGGGCCUAUUUCAUUCAUAAUUCCGUACAGGAGUUCCUUGCCGCCUGGCACAUUAAGGAGGAAGUGUUGUCGAUUAAAGGAGAAAGUACGCCUAGCCUUUCCAAAGUUGAAUCAUUUGAAAAGAUCUUGAAGAUGUACGAAGUUCUGAAAUUUGCCUGUGAGCUGUCAACAGAAGCCGCGUGCGCAGUUUUCCAUCAUGUGGGGUCUGUUGGAAGAAAGGAAUCUGUGUCGGAAUGUGAUUUCAUGAAGCUGCUUCUGGAGAAUGAAGAACUGUCUAGAAAUGAACAACUUUAUCUUGAUCUUAUCUCGUAUAGCUACUUUUGUUGUUCGGCCGAGAAGAGGCGGGAUCUCUGCUCAGCAUUUCCCUCUUUCACCGCAGGUGCCUUUUCGUAUCUUGAUUCUAACAAGGUGAACAUUACUGCAAAUGAACAUUUGCUGAAAUCAGGCAUGAUACCCGACUUUAUUUUUUUCGUCCCUAUCUUCUCAAAGAUUCUUCUGGGAAAAGCUAUCGAGACUUGAUCACUGUAGCGGAGGACACAAAUGCAGUAUUUUUGAGCUGUUCGGGUGAAAAGAAAGCUGCAGAUUUACUGAAGAAGUACCCGCGUCGUUCUGUGAGCGAGUUCUUUUUGAAGAGAGAGAGAAAAAUCGUCGCUUAUGUUCAUGAAAUAUGCAAAGAUGAAGAUGGUAUCACUUUUCCGACUGAAAUGCUGCGAGAGCUCAUUUCGCCAACAGCAGAGUCUACUCAGGUGACGCGUCUUGUCGAUCCGUUGAAUGAACACGACAGCGAAACAGCUUCGAGUUUGACUCAGUACACCGAUAGCAUCACUGGUCCGACUCCUCAGAGCCUUUCCUUUGUGAAGCGGAUUGAUAUUGUCCACAUAGAAAGGCAAGAGAUAAAGAUGCUGGCUGAUUUCUUACCACUUUUCACUGCUCUGCGAUGGAUAGUGAUUACUGGGAAACCCUUUGAAAUCAUUGAUGCUCAGUUGACAGAGACCCUGGUGUCUCGUAUCAUCUUCACUGACAGACUUGUCAAAUUAGAACUUGUUGAUAUCAAUUUAACAGCCAAACCUGCCGCAGUCAUCGCCAGAUCUCUGCACCAGGCUCCUAGCCUGUACUCUCUCGACUUGUCAGAGAACCCUCUUGGUGAAGGAGUAAGUGUUCUUGCUUGA